UACCCAAUCUUCCGCCGCCAUCGUAUAUAACCUCUCCCGCUGCAUCUUUCUCUCUCUUCUAGAAAUUCCGGCGGCGGCAGCGGCGAGCUAACCACCUGAAUCACAAGGAGAGGAAGCACCGGCGCUCGUCUCGAUCUCCCGUCUCCUCGUACCACCAUGUCGAAGCGGAAAACCAGGGAGCCCAAGGAGGAGAAUGUUACUCUUGGACCCACUGUCCGUGAAGGGGAGCAUGUCUUCGGAGUUGCUCAUAUCUUUGCAUCAUUCAAUGACACAUUCAUUCAUGUCACUGACUUGUCUGGGCGGGAGACCCUUGUUCGCAUUACUGGUGGAAUGAAGGUCAAGGCUGAUCGUGAUGAGUCAUCACCAUAUGCAGCUAUGCUUGCUUCUCAAGAUGUUGCUACACGUUGCAAGGAGCUUGGUAUCACUGCUUUGCACAUUAAGCUCCGUGCCACUGGAGGCAACAAGACCAAGACUCCUGGACCUGGUGCUCAAUCUGCUCUCAGGGCUCUCGCCCGUUCUGGCAUGAAAAUUGGACGCAUUGAGGACGUGACCCCUGUUCCCACUGACAGCACUCGCCGUAAGGGUGGCAGGAGAGGAAGGAGGCUGUAGACGCCUUUUUUCCGUCGUCUUUCGAUGUCGUCAUCAAGACUUUUAAUUACUAUUUUGAUAACCUCGUAGAUUCGAUGGGUCGUCUGUUCAUGACUUUCAGUUUACUCUGAGUUCAGAGCUGUUAACUUUUAGUUUAUUGAGAGUUAUAUUUGUGUACUGAAUUGCCUGUCGUAUUUAUGUGAAAAAAGAUCCUAUCCAAGCACGCAGAUGAUUCCAGUCCU